AAAGCUUCGAAUCCAAAAUAAAUUAACAAACUCAAGUCAACAUGUCUCCUCCUUCACGUCUCUCCCUUUAUCUUCUUCCCCGAAGAAGGAGAAGACGAGGAAGAAGAAGACUUCACUGUUCUCUUUUCUCUCUCUCUCUCUCUCUGUGUAGUCACACACCAUGGAUUCGAGAGCUGUACUCGAUUCUGCUCUGUUUCAACUCACUCCUACUCGCACCAGAUUCGAUCUGGUGCUUUUCUGUGGGAGUAAGAAGGAGAAGCUAGCUUCUGGAAUCUUCGAACCUUUCGUCUCUCAUCUCAAAUUCGCUAGAGAUCAGAUCUCUAAAGGCGGUUACUCCAUCUCCCUCACUCCUCCUUCUUCUCACUCUCCUUGGUUCACCAAAUCCACUUUUCAUCGGUUUGUGAGAUUUGUAAACACGCCUGCGAUUAUUGAGAGAUUUGCGACUCUGGAGAAAGAGAUCUUGCAGAUUGAGCAUUCUAUUCAAGCUAAUGAAAUCGCCAAUGCUGCUGUUGACGCUGAGCAAACACAAGAUGGGAGUAAUUCUGGAGUUACUAGUAAUCUAAGGAAGUCUGCGGAUUCCUCCAAGAAGGAAUCUGAGAAUGGCAAUGGGGUUGCAGGAGAGGAAACCUCCAAGAUUCAGCUUCAACGACUUCUGGAAACCCGAAGAACAUUGCUUCGGAGGGAGCAAGCGAUGGCUUAUGCACGAGGCGUUGUUGCUGGUUAUGAAAUUGAUAGUAUUGAUGAUCUCGUUUUUUUUGCUGAUGCUUUUGGGGCUUCAAGGUUAAGGGAAGCAUGUGUAAAGUACAAGGAACUAUGGAAGAAGAAGCACGGCGACGGGCUUUGGAUGGCGGAGUUAGCAGCUGUGAAAGCAUGUGCUCCAGUGGACAUGUCAUUGUUGGGUUCCGCAGGGAUCAUCCUCACCAAUGAAGGUGCUGCUCUAUCACUAAAUGGGACCGACUCUGAAAAUAAAGAUGAAAAGUCAGUUAGUUUAGAGCAACAUCCGUCCGGUGUACCAAACUUUCAAGCACCAAUGGGAUGGCCAAACCAUAUGCCUCAGUACUUCUACCCACCUCCAUACCAAGGCUAUCCAUACCCUCCUAUGCAAUCUAUGCCAAAUCAUAACCAAGGAAACAUGCCGUGGCCUUCAAGGGGAAAAACUUCCAAGAAAAAAGGGAAAGGGGAGUCUGAUGGAGAUGAGUCUAGUGAAUCAAGUGAAUCUAGUGAAUCUGACUCAGCCAGCGAUGAUUCUGCUUCAUCAGUGGAAGAUCAAGGUAAAAGACACUCUCGUACGAGUAAAAACUCUCGUCGAUCAAAGAAAAACCGGAAGAAGUCAUCUAAAACUGUUAUCAUCCGUAAUAUAAACUACAUAACCCCUGAGGGACGAAACGGAGAAAUGGAGGGAAAUGAGUUUACUGAAAAUGGUUCCAUCAAAGAGACGGUAGAUGCUGCUGUUGGAUUGCUCAAGGAUAAAAUAGCUCAUGAGGGAGAAGUCUCUGGUGAAGAAAAACGAAGCAAUGAGAACUGGGAUUCUUUUCAGAAUAUCCUGAUGAGGCAUGACGAUGGCUCAGAUGUUCAGUCGAUGGAUGUCAUCAGUGAGGAGCAUUUCACCCAUAGAGGCGCUAGUGACGGUGCGAAUUCUAAUGGCUUGCAAGCAAAAAGCACUGCCUCGGGUGAUUCCAUCAUCACAAAUCAGAAAUAUAUAGAAAAUGGAGGAGGAGCUACCUUUGAUCAUUUUGAAAGUGAGGAUAGUGCUCGUAGGCUUCCAAGAACGAGGGACUCGACUGAAGAAUGUAUGUUAAUGCUGAAGAGAACAGAAAUGUUUGGAGAUGAAAGCAAAGACAUGUAUAAUGCUACGAGGGGCGAAUCGUUGGUGAAGAAGUCAGGGAGUGGAGAGGAUUGGUUUACUUCUUCCGAUCGAAAACCAGAAAGCAACCACGGGAGAAUGUCAUUCGAUGACAGCAUUUUAACAUCUGAAGUUUCUGACAAGAGCAAGAGACAAGACUUCGUUGAUGAUUCUUUCAUGGUCCAUUCUUCAUCGCUUGCUGCUGAUGAUCUUUAUGACUCCCGGUGGAGACCAGACAUGGCUGCUGAUAUUGUUUUAGCCUCUGACAAUGACAAUGGUCAUGCGAAUGAAAAGCGUGAUUCAUGGGAACCAAAUGAUCUUUGUAUGAUUCCUGAACGAAAUUCAGGAGACUCAUUGGCUCAUGAUUACUCGAUCGACUUCUCUGCUGAAGCGAAUGCAAGGCUAUCCAUUAACGGAACAGCUCAAGAGAAAGAGGAUAAGAGCGUGUCAAGCGGUGAGAAGAAAACCAAUGUGAAGAACCCAGAAGCUCGCAAGUCUAGAACACCAAGUAGAACCAGAGCUGAAACACUGUCCAAGACUGCAAAGAAACCAACAGUAGCUAGCAGGACAAUGGCUCAGAAGAACAAGUUUGAAAAGGAAGAAGAGAUGAGGAAGAGAAUAGAGAAUCUUGUAAUGGAAAGGCAGAAAAGAAUCGCUGAGAGAUCAGCCAUGGCUGCAUCUCGUAAAGGUUCGAUUCGAACUCCAUCGGUUCGUGAAAGAGCAACAACAUAAGUGAGUGAAGAGAAACGGUCAAACCCAUUGGAAACAGAACGCAUUGUUUUGGUCACUUCAAAUAUUCUUUUGAUACAUUCAUAAAUAAGUCAGGUGGUGGUGGUGAUACGAUUAUUCUAUUUAUUUAUUAUUUUCUCAAACUGUUUUCUGAAGAUUUAUUUGUAAUUUAUUAAGGGUUAAACAAUGAGAUUUGUAAUUUUUUUUAUUAUAUAAAGAGGAGGAAUAUUUGGCAGA